UCAUGAGAAAAGGUCUCUCUUAUUGGUUGUUGCUAUAAAUCUUAAAACCGUGUAGGAUUUACAUAGGAGUCUUCCCAAAUUUGGGGCACGGUUUGGCUUUUCUCUGCAUUUCUCGGCCCUCUUUUGGGAUUCGAAAGCCGCAUGCCGCACGUUAAUGUCGACCGACUGACCGACAAUUCUUUUUGUUUUUUCAUUCUCCCACACCUGUUCUUGGUUGUCAGACAGUACAGAGCCUGACUGCUGCCACCUCUACUGAGAAACAACAGGCUCUGUGACAAAGGUUGGACGACGCCGCUCGGGGGGGACCCCAAAUGUCGAGACAGAGGGAAGGGAUGGAAGAGAGCUAUGAGACAUUUGAAGAGGAGUUAAGGCCACCAAGAGCAGUACCUCCUCCACAGAAGCCUGUUCGACAGAUCGUCAGAACAGAAAUGAACACUACAAGAAAAUUCAAAGAGGAAAUUCUUACAUUUUCACAGCCAGCUAGAGCAGAACCCAAGAUUUUACCCAGGGAGCCCAGCUUCCCCAGAACAACCUUACGUAAAGCUUCGUCCUUCCAAAACUUGACCCAGAUUGAAACGCCUUGGGAGAACGUCACCCUCAACCGCUGUCUGUUUGUGGCCAUUACCAUCCUAGUGCUGACCUCAGGCUUCCAGAAGCUUCAUGGGAAGUCAAAUAAAAGGAGAACCACAGUUAUAAAAUGACAUGCCUACUUUGACUAAAUGGACUCUUUUCAAAAUCAAAAAACAGAAAGCCUGCGUGGUCAGAAGGCAGCGGAGGAGGAAGACGUUGGACUGACAGUGAGACGGACAGGCAGACUACGACACAGCAGACCACCACCUGAGCCAGAGACCACACUGUGGGAGGUCAUGUUACAGUGGCUACCAGACCUUGAUGAUGAAGAGGACGAGGAGGAUGAGGAGGACGAUGACGCCAAUGAAAAUGAUUUGGGAAGAGUCCAAAUAAAAAAGUCAAAGAGAGGAGCGGCAGCACGAGCAUCAAGAGGUCUCAGAAAUAAGCCGCCCCCGGACCGAAAAUCCAUCAAACGAAGAGAAGGACGGUUUAAGGAAGGGAGAGCCAAAAAAGCCAAAGACAAGACGGACAGAAACAAGAAGGAGGAACCUGAAGCAGGGCCAGAUGAGGAAGAUGAGCAUGACGGAGAGCAGGAGGAAGAGUCGGAGAGUCAAAAGCUGGAGGAAAAGAAAGAAGAAAAAGACUCAAAAGGCAUGAGCUGAUUCUUCGUACUCUGCAAUGUUGCAAUACAUUGUCGAAACCACUUUCACAGAAUUGAUUUGAUAACAUUUAUGAAGGUGGUAAUAUUCAAUUUAAUAAUAAAUAACCACCAGUGAGACUCAAAAUAAUGUUGCUGCUUAACAGAUGUGCUUCCAUGUAAUGAAACACCUGUAAAGACAUUUGCAUUUUCAUUUAACCUGCCGGCGGCUUCCUCUCAACUCUGAAAUCGCUCGGUUCUCGUUAGCUUUGAAGAACCCAAAUCGGUCUGUAGUUUGUAAUUAGAAGGUAUUGUAUACGGCAAAUAAAAGAACGUUUGUUUUGGUUA